UAAAUCUAAUGUGUGGUACAACACUAAACCAGAGAAAGCUGACUUCAGAAAUGCACCAAGGCAUGCAUUGGAGCACAUUAAUAGCUGGCUUAAAGAUAAGAGUGAAGGUACUUUUCAAAACAUAUCUGAAACGUUAAUAUCCAAUAACACUAAACUUGUAGUAGUUAACACGGCAUAUUUAUUAGCAAACUGGACACAGCACUUCCCUAAACGUAGGACUAAAAAUAGCAUUUUUACCUUGAGCACUGAUAAAAACGUACCUGUACAACUGAUGUCUGCCCUUGGUAGAUUUAAUCUUCAAAUUAUAGAUGAUGAAAAGUUGAGGAUCCUUGAACUUCCAUACGGAAAAACAAAGGAUCUCUGCAUGUAUGUAAUACUGCCAGACAACAGUAAAGAUCUAUACAAUGUAGUGCAAAGCAUGUCUUAUGAGAAACUGACGAAAUGGACAGACCCCAAGUACAUGUGGAAGAAGUAUACUAAAGUUUUUCUCCCUCAAUUUAAAAUAGACAGUGCCUACUCAAUGAAAGCUAUUUUGUCAAGUCUGGGGAUGCCUGAUGUUUUCAAUGAUACCAAAGCCAAAUUGACAGGAAUAUCUCCAGACAACUUAUAUGUCUCAGAUCUAAUUAGUUUGGCUACUGUGAAUGGAGAUGAAGAUGGCACUAAAGAUGUAACCCAUGCUGAUGAUGGCUUUUUUUUUUUCGACUUAGCGCUGCCAGAAGAGAUUUUUAGAGCAGAUCGCCCUUUUCUCUAUAUCAUACAGCAUAAGCCUACCAAAUGUUAUAUUUUCUAUGGGAUAUUUCAAAAGCCAUGAAUUAACCCCCAAAAAGCAAUUCUAAACCCAAUAACUAAUAUAUUUUAUAC